AGCCUCCCGAAUAUCGUGAAACACCUGGCCUAAUACUCACUAAUCCACUCCUUUUUCCACCAAGUCGCGCAGAAUCCUCGCGCAUCGUGUUUACUGCGUAUGGUCACUUUGACGCUGUCAGGAUGAUGUCCUCUACCAACGACGAGGAUCCUUUCCUCCAGGUCCAACAAGAUGUUCUCAACCAGAUGGCGAAUGCCCGGCCUCUAUUUGCAUCAUAUCUCCGGAUCCGCUCGCUUUCCACGGAUGCCAAUUCUCCUGAACUCGCAUCAGCUCGCUCCGAUCUCGAGUCCGCCUUGUCAUCCCUUGCCGACGACUUAGCAGAUCUGGUCGCAUCUGUUCGAGCUGUUGAAUCCGAACCGUCGCAAUUUGGCCUAUCACCACAUGAAGUCACGCGACGAAAACGACUCGUCCAAGAGGUUGGCGGCGAGAUCGAUGAUAUGCACGAUGAGCUCGCCAAAAAAGUGGACGCGGGCGACUUGCCUGACCCGAAUGCGUUUGCCAUUGAUGGUGAUGCGGAGGAUAACUAUGCCGAGUUCGAGCAACAACAGCAGAUGGAAAUGAUGCACGAGCAGGAUCAGCAUCUGGACGGCGUGUUUCAAACAGUGGGUAACUUACGUCGCCAGGCGGAUGACAUGGGCAGAGAGCUCGAGGAGCAGCGUGAGAUGUUGGAGGAGGUAGAUACCGUGGCUGAUCGCGUUGGUGGCCGGUUGGCAACAGGCGUUCAGAAACUUCAGUAUGUGAUGCGACAGAACGAGGACCGAUACAGCAGUUGCUGUAUAGCGGUUCUGAUAUUCGUCCUCAUCCUAUUGUUGAUUCUCCUUCUAAUCCUGUGAUGUUUGUAUCCAGGUCAAAAGACGAAUGCAUAGCUCUGUUGUAAAGAGCAUUUAUGACACUAUAACAUCUAAGAAUUUGGAGUUUAGGCUGGGAUCACUUUAAUGACUACCAAUACAGGGACCGGGU